CUUGGCCCAACUACGGAGAAGAGCUCGAACUGAAAGUUCAGACGAAGAGAUGGUAUGCCCAGCGGCAGUCAUUAAGGAGUUUGAAGUUCGAACUUUCACCAACCAGGGUCUAAACAGACGUCGAGGCAGAAGAAGGCUCGCUUUGACUGUCUGAAUCUGUCUUCAUUUUGGAUCAAAACCAGCGUCCCGAGAUUCGAAAGAUGCUGAAUAGCAAUGGGAUGGGUCUGCGGACACCUGCAGUUGAACAAUACUUGGAAGACAGGCCGGUUACAGGGAGAGGGAGCAGCAAGUUAAGAACGGUGAGAUUCAGGCUCGCCAACUGUUUGUGAAAAUGCGAAAGAAGAAGAAGAAGAAGAACACAUCACAAUGUGUUUUUCUUCUUUUUUUGCAGCUUUACUUAUGGCUACUGUAGGCUGCUCAUAUUUAACGGCUAUUAUUACACAUGAGCUGUGUCAAAGACUCUUUCGCUCGAGUCAACCAAAGAAACCAUUGACUUCAAAUUGGUAAGAAAUCUUAAGAGCAGGCCACGUCUUCGCAUUAUAGACUAAUUAGACGGCUGGAUAAACAAUUUUUUAUGAGCCUUGGAGUUUGAAAACACGUUUUUCCCAGUUAAUUCCUGGUUAUCCUUUUACGUUUCUUGUCUGUGACAUCUCUCUCUCGCUCUGUCUCUCUCCUUGUGAAAUUUCUAAGCACCUAAUCGCGUCCCGGUAGACUAGUAGAUUACAAUGUACUAAUUGUUUAUACGUGAAUAUGCAUUGAAAUCGCAAAACAUUUCCUGUUGGUCCUCGUGUAACGUUACGAUCUGGGUUGGUCUUCUCUGCCGCUUUUUCUUUCUCGACAAAUCUUUCUGUCGUCUACUCUCCCGCCUUAUCAGAGUCUGUUUCUGAAUUUUCUCGGUCUAAAUUGUGAAGAAGAAAGAUGGGUCAGUGUCUACCCACACAGCAAGCACUUCCUCCGGCGGAUUUAUCUUCUUCUUCCACCUCACAGCCAGCAAUAUCAGCCACUUUCUACAACCAUAAUGAUGUUAUCCAGAAUACCCUUGUUGUGAACAGCAACGAUGAUCAUUACUACGAUAUCAAUAUUUUUAAUUUUCCAAAUUAUCAUCCUACAACCGCUGGUUCUUCCACCAAUUACCAUUCCCACCGUGCUGGUUGGCCGGAGAACAACUCGGCCCCGUUUCCGCCUCCAUCCGUCUUGGUACAGCGUAUGGAGCGUCUGGGCAUGGAGGCGGCUCCCCCGGGGCAUGAUGAUUCUCCCAAGAAGGUUAACCGAUACGUGGAUGUACGUAAGGAUACCUUACAGCUUGUUUUGGACGAGGACUUGAGUUCUUAUUUGGUUUCUUUCACCUUUGAUGCUCUUGUUGAUGGAAGUUUCACUAUAUGUUGGUUUGCUGAAGAAGGUGCAAACUGUAUGUUCACCCCAGAAUGUCCUGACAUAUUUAUGCCAAUAAGUUUUCCCUACCGUAAAGGACUGGGCCAGACAUUCGUUCAGAAAUUGGGGACUGGAAUUGAUCUCGGCUUCUUUGAAUUGGAUAAACUAUCAAAGUUCUCCCGGAAUGAAUCUAUUUUCCCCCUUUUAAUACAUGCAGAACCAUCCUUGCCCAGUAUCUCGAGGGCGGCAAAUGUGGAUCAGCAGCUACGAACAUGCAAUCAUGUACAAAUUACACAAGCUAUCGUGAAGAAGAAUAUUGCAGGUGAUUUUCAAGUUAGAGUUCUUAAGCAGAGACAAGGAGUAGAAGAGACUUACCGAACCGACAAUUCUGAUGAAGAUAAUAUUGAGACAGGGGAAGAAUACUAUUUGCGUGACUGAUGAAAAACAUUGCUGCUUUGCCUUGUCAACUUAUGUGUAUAUGCUGUGCUUGUUCAAAAGUAUUGCGAAUUCAGUCAACAAAGGUCCCAUGUAUCACCAUCUAAUCCAGGACCAGGAACUUACAGGGAGCAACAAUUCUUCAUACAGGUCUUAUCAAUGACAAAAAAGAGGUAGGAAGUUGCCGGAAAAAGUAUAGUCUUCAGUCUUCAUGUGGGUAUAGUGUCUAAAAGUGAUACGAAUCUCUUUUCACACUCAUCGUUUGAGGAGAUUAAUGAUAUCUCUUUGUUGAAUUUGUUCUUUACAGACCAUAGUAUAUAUGUUAUUGGCUUGAAACGCUCAUGUCGCCUGCUCUGUUUGAAUUGCAUGGGGAUUCAGACUAUUAAAUAAACUCGAAACAGUUCUUUUCUA